CCUGUGACUAAGUAUAGUCAGUAAAAAAAUAAAACAGUUCUAAAUUCAUUCACUGUAUUUGUCAAAUUUAAUAGACAGUUACAAUGUUAAAAUGGCAUUUUUACUUGGAAGACACUAAACGAUGCUUAUGACUUGUAAGGACUUCAACAUUUCAGACUUCAGAUCUGACUCGACUUGUCUUGUCUUGAGACCUGACUUAGACUUGCCAGUGUUCCCUCGUUACAUUGUGGUUCACCUUUUGCAGAUUCGCUCUUUUGCAGAUUUUUUCUAAGUGCAAUUUUGCAAGUGUUUUUUUAACAACGUAUGAACGUGCAGUGUGCUCUGUGUCCUUGUGGGGUAUUAGAGGAAUCUAUCAGUGCUCUGUUACAUGUGUCUGUUAUUGUCUUUACUACUGCUACCAGUAGAGGGUGUUGUAUACUCAUGUGAGACGUGUUCAGACUGUCCCGUUUGUCUCAGUAAAUAUAGAGCCACAACAGUCCUGAUUGGCUAAGGGAGAACCCGCCCAUUGUGUUCUGCAUUUUGAUUGGCUGUAGACCAUUGUCAAUCAAUCUCCUUCAUGCAGGACUGCCUGUUUCCUGUUGUAUGAUCGCUAGGCAGAAGUUACGUGGCUGUAGGGCGCCUGGAAUACUGUAUAUGAAUCUUUGGUUCAUGGAGGACGACGGGGAAAAAUAUGUUUUAACAACGAUACAAAAACGCUACAGCGUAACGGUGCCAGGACAAGCUACGAUCAGAGGAGUGAAUACGCACCACUACCUCUUUUAGAAGAGUCUAACGACGAUGACCAUUUGUCCUUUUUUUCAACUCCUCCUCCAACUCCACCACAACUACGUAUGCUCGACCACUCCUCUUCAAAGAAGUCUUCUUGGAUGGCAUGACAUUUCAGAAGACAACAGAUGCUUGUCAGUUACUGCUCAAAGUAAGCGAAGAGAAUUGUGUUUGUGAUCAGAGCUUUAUCAGCAUGAACAAAACAGAUGAUCCCUGGGAAUAUCUGUGUGACCCACCCUUUUUCUGGGGAAUAUUUGCAGCAUUGGUACUCUCAUUGACUUGUAAUAUUAUAUGCUGUCUCAGUAAAUGUUUAGGAAAUAGAACAUGUGGUUCGAAAAUAAGACAAAGCCAGAGUCCACAACAGAUGCAAGAAAACCCUAUCUAUGGAAACGUGAGCUACAUGCAAACCAGCACGACCGCAUUGACUGAAAUCCAGCCUCCCAAGGUGACACUCAGCUGUUCAUCUCUGAUGGAUCAACUGAGCUCAAGCUACGACUCACAGUCCAAAACUCCAGACUGUUACGCCAACCUGAGCCUAAAGGCCCCAAAGACAAAAGAGUCGGCUUGCAGCUCGUCUCAGGUUCAAUACUCUGUCGUAUUUCAGUCAGAGGAGUUGAGGAAGGAAAACGAGGCAAAUGCCGACUCUGUUACCGCCGUGUCGGAUGUGUAUGCUUCUGUGCAAACCAAACGCACCGAUACUGGAGACAAGUUAAACAGCGGAGAAGCGUAUGCCAACCAUAUCUGAAGAGGGAGCACUGCUAUUUGUUGUUGUUGACACCGAAGGUUUGAAAUUUCACACUCCCACCGCAAGAUGGCACUGUUAACCAUUUUUUCAAUGCAUUAUAUGUUUGUGUUUUAACUUUUUUUUUUACAGUGGAGCCUUACUUGACCCAUCCCACAGUCCAUCCCAGUGUAAUAUUAAAAGCAAUAAUAACCGCUUCACCAUCAUUUUUAAUUGGUUGCAAUUAGGACAAAUUUAUAGUACAUCUUCUAAUGCUAUAGAAAUCCAACUUGAUGAUAUACUUUGGACUAGUAUACUAGUAUAGAUUUACUAUCCACUGAAAGUGAGCCAACACGCGGCCAUUAUUGUCGAAAUAACUGGCAACACAACUGAGUACCAAGAUCAUUCCUGCGGUUCAUGGAAGGCUUUGCUUCACCUGCCUUCCAUGACUGCAUGUCACUACCUCCAAGAUGACAUUUGUCUUGUUGAGGAAGCUUCAGCUGAAAGUGGUGGAGUGACCAAGUAUGUCUCCACACCUCCACCCACCUCUAAGGUGGAGGAGCGCAAAGUGAUGUCAUCAUGGAGGAGUGGAAGAGGAUUCCUGUAACAACCAGUGCAGCUCUGGUGAAUUCCAUGAAUUCCAACAGGAUUAAGGCAGUGAUAGAUAACAAUGGGGUUCACUUUGGACACAGUUUGACAUUUUGUGUUGCCAGCUACUGUAUUUAGACAAUACUGUAAUCCCUCGUUUAUCGUGGUUAAUUGGUUCCAGACCCGACUGUGAUAAGUGAAUUUCCGUGAAGAAGAAUUCCUUUUUUAUAAAUGGAAUAUUCUUGUAGAUAGAGCAUAAAAAACCUGUUUAUGACCUUCUAAAUAAUUAGGUAACAUAAUUAGAGCCCUGUAGUCACCCUUCCAUUUGUUUUACCCAACAUAGUAGACAUAAUCAGAGAAAAUAAGCCAUUUAAGACAUGAAUAAGACUCAUACUUGUGUUUCAAUAAAUGUGCCAAGCGGAGGACAGGAAGGGAUGUCAGGGGGUCAGAGCUGAGUUUUAACUUGGAGUAAAUUAGCCCGCGACAGUAGCUUGAGUUAUUACUAUUAUUAUUAUGUUAUCAUUAUUGUGCAUGUUGUGAGAUAAUUCAAACCUGCAAUAAAAGCCUGUUGUUCCGACAAUCAAGUCUUAUGCCUCAGUAACAUUAAUGACACCUAGUGACCAGUGUAGAAUACUACAUAGCAUCACGUCAUUGAAUGCAUCUUCUGAAUGCCUUAUCAUUUAACCAUUUUUAUGCUUGAAAAUGCUUAAUUUAGUCAAAAAAGAUGUAAAAUGUCCUUAAUAAGAGGAUUUCUGACUAAUAACUGGCGCAUUUAAUCAAAAAACAGCAUGAUUUAUUAAUUAAUAUUCAUCCAUUUAUUUUCUAUGCCACUUAAUUCUCACUAGGGUCGAGGGGGCAUGCUGGAGCCUAUCCGAGCUGCCUUUGGGCGAGAGGCAGGGUACACCCUGGAAUGGUUGCCAGUCAAUCGCAGGGCACAUAUAAAUAAACAACCAUUCACACCUAUGGACAAUUUAGAGUCGCCAAUUAAUCUAACAUGCAUGUUUUUGGAAUGUGGGAGGAAACCGGAGUACCCGGAGAAAACCCACGCACGCACGGGGAGAACAUGCAAACUCCACACAGAAAUGCCCAAUGGAGAAUCGAACCCAGGUCUUCCCGAUCUCCAGACUGUUACUGUGUGGCCAACAUGCUAACCACUAGACCACUGUGUGGAGUACCUGGAGAAAACCCACGCACGCACGGGUGCAAACUUCACACAGAGACGCCCAACAGAGAUUCAAACCCAGAUCUUCCCGAUCUCCUGACUGUGUGGCCAACAUGCUAACCACUUGCCCCCCCCACUCCUGUAUAUUAAUUCAUAUAUUAAUUGAAAAUUCAUGAUAAGAGUGAAGCCACGAAAUUUGAACCGCAAUGUGGCGAGGGAUGACUGUAAAGUAAUGGCUGUCUACGGACUUUUUUUCAGAGCGCAGUUGCUCCACAAGCUACACAAUGACUACUCUAACAUGUACUGUAUGUAAAUGUACUUUCAGCAACCAUAUACUAUGGUUGCUGAAAUGUGAGGGCUGUACUUGCAGUACCUUUGUGAGACACAGUACAUGUAUUGGCUUCUUUUGCUUCUCUAUCGGUCCCAUUCAACUAGAAGUUAGUCAGAUAUCAGAUCAUCAGAUGUUUGCUGCAUCUAAGCAAAUUAUUAAUGCAAUAAAACUGCAAUAUAACAGGCUGUGCCCUCUGUGCCAAGAAGGAAGUUGAACCUGGUCACAAAUGUUAUCGAGGCAGUUAUGAGCUUAAUUUGAUACUGGAUCUGACAAGGCAGCAUUUUUUUUUGGACCUGUUUAUUUUCCGAUAGCUGAUGAUAUUGUGUAAUAUACUGCAUAAUAAAUUAUGUAACUUAAUAACUUCAUUUCAUUGGUCAGCAAAUGCCCGUUUGCAUUUGUUCAUUUGUGUGCGCCACAGUUGCUUUAAAGUAAAUUCCACAUCACCACAGUAGGGGAAGUCUGUGAGUAAAAAUAAAAACUGGACUCCUGAAUUUUGCUUGGAAGAAAAGUAAUUGUUUUGUUUCAGACAUACAGAAGCACUAGUAGUGUUUUCAUGCAGAAAAAGGACUUGGGCUCUGGGAUGGCAGAACCCAAAUAGCCAACAGUUCCCAUAACUAAAACUAAACGUUUUCUCAAUGUUGUAUUAUUAAUAGCUUUAUUGCUUUUAGUAGUUGAAAUAAUACUUAAGCCUUGUUUUUUUGUCUUUUUUCUUUCUCCAUCUCUGAAAAGUUGUAUCUCUCCAAUACAUCUCUGCAUAACGUGGAUACAUUUAAGUCUAACCUGAGACAUAUUCAUAAAUAUAUGCGACUAAUAUACUUAUUUUAUUAAUAAACAGUAUACAGUUUGCCCACUCGUUUGUGUUCGCAAAAUCCAAUUUUGCACACAAAUUUUUUUUUGUGACAUACUUAAGUACAGUAUCUUAAUCCUCCACUUUUAUCUCUUGGACUUUUCAAGUAUAUUCUUAUUCAUAUAUGUUACAGCAGUUCCACAGGACUACAAUCAAUUUGUGAUGGGUGACAAAAAUGAAAUAAUCGUUCAAUGUACGUAAUUGGCCAUGAUGUGUUUGCAUAA